AUGAGACUAUGUGUGCGAUGCACUCAGUUGCAGAGAAUCAGAAGAAAAUCUUUUGAGGCAAUCCGUCUAACUUUAUAUGAUAUCUUUAAUUGGGGAGAAGUUCUGCUUAUAUCUGACGGUUAUCUAACAUUUGUUCACAGUCUGCUUAUAUCUGACGGUUAUAUAAGAUUUGUUCACAGUCUGCUUAUAUCUGACGGUUAUCUAACAUUUGUAUUGCUCUCACAUCUGCUUAUAUCUGACGGUUAUCUAACAUUUGUUCACAGUCUGCUUAUAUCUGACGGUUAUAUAAGAUUUGUUCACAGUCUGCUUAUAUCUGACGUCUGCUUAUAUCUGACGGUUGUCUCUCUUGGUUGGGCUGUACUCGGCCAGGACACAACCACAACAUCCAACCCCUCCAGCCAGGAUGUCCAACCAUCUACCAACUCGACCACCCUCCCCACCGUUGACCCCGAGCUCACCACGGACCAACCCUCGACCAACGACUCCGCCCCGGCCCGGAUGGACUGUCAGCAGAAGCUUCUGGAGCGCGCCUACUCGUGCGUGACCAAGCAUGACGUGGACUUUAACCACUUCCUGUUAAUGGCCGUCUCCAGCCUGAGCAGUGAGGCCAACGUCACGAAGCCGGCCAUCAUUGAGGGGGUCAACAUGUCCGAGUUUAAGGAAAAGGUUUGCAACGCACGCCCGGACAUCAUGCAGUGCACGUUCAAGGCCGCCAAGAGUCUGAUCAACACAAAGGCGUGCGCGAACAGUGCUCACCCCGAGGCUGUGGCCAGUCAGGACCUGAUGAUCAACGACCAGCGGUACCUGAUCAAAGAACAGAUGGAAGCCAUCCUGGGGCAGUACGACAUCUUCUGUGCUCAACCGUGUAGGAUUAGCCUGCUAGAUGAUAUGAGGGAGUGCUACAGGAAAUACGAUCUAGACCCGGCCAUAUUUUUACCCACCAAGUCCAGUGGACCUGUCAUAGGCAGCGACAGCUGGGAGGUGGAUACGUUUUGCAAAAACAAGGAUCAGCUUGUCCAGUGUAUGAAACAGAAACGCGACGCUUGCCCCCAGUCCAAACUUGUAUUGACCGCGAUAGGACUGGACCUGGAUACAAUGGAGAAAGGAUUUGACGUUUUGUGCCAGGAUAAAGAAGUGUACCUGAAAGGCUUGGAGUGUUUCGAGUCCCACACAGACGAGGUGGGCAUCUGUCAUUCGGUCAAACAUCGCGGCGUCAUCCGGACCUCCCAGAAGGCCAGGGAGCUCAAGUGGACAAGUGAGAAGUACUUCGAGGAGGUUUGUGGAGUUCUCGUACAUCACAUGGAGUGCGACCUCAAAGCCUGGGCAGCGAAAAAACACGAAAAAUGUAACCCACAGAUCAUCGGACUAAAGCGGAAGUUGCACUGCAGUUUGGUGCAUAGCCAAUGCACCAAGUCGCACGGGGAGGUAAUCAACGACAUAUGCAACCCGCCUAUCCAAGAGAUGCUCUAUUCGCACGCGGGCAAACAGCAGACUACACAUGUGUUGGGUGUCGGUGUGCUGUUGAUCAUGGUGGCUACUAUAAUUAGAAUGUAAUGUCAAUAUUUGGUGUAUAAAGCUUUAAAGUAUAAGAUUUGUGAUGAAAUUUUAACAAUGUGAAAAACGGCAACAUCAUUGUUCAGAUUUGAAAGAAAAAUAUGUUAAAAUAAAACUUGAACAAUAUUAUAUUAA